AUAUUUUUUUGCAAAAUCAAAAUAUGGAGCCAUGUGAGCUUAUGUACUGUGCAUAUGGAUCUCAAUGUAUUGUUGAUGAGGUGACAAAACAGGCCUAUUGUCGAUGUGCUGAACGAUGUGUGCCCGAGAUAUUUGCACCGGUAUGUGGCAGUGAUGGUAUAACUUAUUCAAGUGUUUGCCAAAUGAAUAUCCGUUCGUGUUUUGAACAAAGACGGGUCUUCAUCACACAUACCGGUUCUUGUGACAUUAAGGACCCGUGUUUGGACAAAGUGUGUCCCUAUGGGGCGCAUUGCAAACCAAGUAUUGACGGACGCAAUGCUGAAUGUGUUUGUCCGACGGUAUGUGCAACUUAUGGUGACUCGAGAGGCAGUCGACCUGUUUGUGGAACUGAUGGCAGAGAUUAUCCCAAUGUCUGUGAACUAAGGAGACAUUCGUGCAAAGAAAUGAAAGCCAUUUCUGUUAAAUUUACCGGCGCUUGUGACCCAUGUGAUGGAGUUGAAUGUCCGGCUUCACAGAUAUGUCAAUUGGAUGACCAGCGAAACCCAAUUUGUCGGUGCAAUGCUAUUUGCAAUCAAGACUUUAAGCCCGUUUGUGGCAGUGAUGGCAAAACUUAUACCAAUGAAUGUAUUUUAAGAGUAGAGGCAUGUAAAACACGAAGAAGCCUUAGAAUUAUACAUACAGGUGUUUGUGUCGAAUCCAAUCCGUGUUCAACAUUAAAAUGCAAUCACUUCGAGGAGUGUGAGAUAGACCGCUACGGUAUAGCCACGUGUCAGUGUUCACCUUCUUGUAGUCCUAUUUUAAGACCUGUUUGUGGCAGUGAUGGCAAUGUCUAUGAUUCAGAAUGUGAUCUCCAAAGACAGGCUUGUAUUCUACAUAAAGAAAUUCAUGUCAAACAUUCAGGCAUUUGUGAUGAAGGUCCGUGUAAAAUGUCGAGUAAUUGUCAAUAUGGAUCAGUUUGUGUCGUCAAACCUAAUGGAGAGGCCAGUUGUGAGUGUCCCACCUGUUCUGAAGAGUUCGCACCGGUUUGUUCGAGUGAUGGCAUUUCAUAUGCAAAUGAAUGUAAAAUGAGACGAGAAUUUUGCGAACAAAAGAAAUCAACAGAAAUAUCAUUUACUGCCGGACUCUGCAAUGGAUGCGAGAACAAGAACUGUCAGUUUUAUUCUGUGUGUGAAUCAGAUGGUGAGGGAGCUGUCUGUCGAUGUCCACAGACAUGUGUUCACUUUGAAUCUGCAGUUUGUGGUUCUGAUGGUAUAACAUAUGAAAAUGAAUGUGAGCUACGAGUGUCUGCCUGCAAGAAGUCCCAGUUUGUGACAGUGGCUACAAGAGGUCCGUGCGAUGUAUGUCAUAGUGUUCACUGCAAAUACGGUGCCCGCUGUGAAAACGGUCGUUGUGUUUGUCCCACUGAAUGUCCCGACUCUUUUGAACCGAUUUGUGGCACCGAUGGAGUCACUUAUGUUAAUGAAUGUGAACUGAGAAGUGCCGCGUGUAAGCAAAACAUUGAAAUUUCUGUCAAUUUUUACGGAGAGUGCGAUGAACUCAUUACCUCAGGAUCUGGUUUGGGAAGUUAUAGUAAAUUAUGUGAUCAUAAAACAUGUCGUUAUGGAGGUGUUUGUGAAUAUGACGAGAAUAACGUUCCCCGAUGUAUCUGCACUUACAAUUGUCCUCAAUCUGGUCAAGACUCUGAGCCCGUAUGUGGAAGUGACGGUCGCUUAUAUGAUAAUGAAUGUAAACUACAAGAAGAGGCCUGUGGUCGACAACAAGAGAUUAAACCACAAGAUAUGAAAAUGUGUGAAGAAGUGAAAAUACUUGCGUGCGAUGGCGAACCACCGCUUGUCAAUCCAUUGACAAGAAAAGAGUACUUUUGUGGCGACGGACCCGACUCUAAGUCAUGUCCUCCUAAUAGUUAUUGUCAUAAAGGGAGCACUUUUGCAAAGUGUUGUCGAGAAGUGGUUACUGUUCGUAGUUGUCAUGAAACAACUUAUGGGUGUUGUCCCGAUGGCAAGAUAGCGGCUCAGGGCGUUAAUAAUGCCGGCUGUCCUUCAGUCUGUAAUUGUAAUCGAUUGGGUUCUUAUUCUCUAACUUGUGAUCCAACAACAAAACAAUGUCACUGUAAGCCAGGUGUUGGUGGACUUCGAUGUGAUAGAUGUGAGGCUGGCUUUUGGGGACUUCACAAGAUUGGCGAAGGAAAUAGUGGAUGUAUUCCGUGUGCUUGCAAUGAGUUUGGAUCAAUUAGAGAUGAUUGCGAACAAAUGACUGGUAGAUGUGUCUGUAAAGUUGGAGGCAUUCAAGGAAUGAAAUGCGAUGUUUGUCCAGAAGGUAUGAUAUUGGCUACCGAUGGCUGUACUGAUGCCUCUCUGACCCGAACUAUUACUGGUUCAUGUGUUGAUGUCAAAUGUCAUUUCGGCGCCAUUUGUAAGACAAGACCAGGAAAAGGAGUUCAAUGUGUUUGUGAUAUUAAAUGUCCAAAUGAUGACAAACAUAAGAUAACGUUUGUUUGUGGUUCUGAUGGAAAUACCUAUGGCUCUGAAUGUCAAUUAAAGUUGUUUUCAUGCCGUUACCAAAAACGCAUUAAUCUUAAACAUGAAGGACAAUGUAAGGAUGGAUUAACUGAAUUGGUAACAACUGGUCCCGUCAGAAGAUCGACAGCUUUUAAGACAACUCAAGACACAGAAAAGUUUACUCGAGAUAUAAGUUAUUCGGACAAUAUAUUAAUAAGUACGGGACCUACAGUUCCUACACAUUCCGAGAAUUUGAUGCAAAUUGAAAGACCAUCUUUUGCUGGCAAUUCAUACAUUGAAAUGCCUCGACUUCACGCUUAUAGAAGUCUUACAAUAGAAUUGGAGUUUCAGACAUAUGAAGAAAACGGUAUUAUAUUAUAUAACGGCCAGACCUUGACUGGAGAGGGAGACUUUGUUUCACUUAGUAUUAAAAAAAUGCACAUUGAGUUCAGAUACAAUUUAGGUAGUGGUAAGGUCAUCAUUAGGUCAAGACAACCAAUUAUUUUGGGCAAAAUUGUUAAAGUUGUAGCAAAAAGAUAUUUAUGGGAUGGCAUAUUGUCUGUUGAGGGACAGGAGGAUCUGGCAGAUAGAAGUCAAGGUGCUCUCAAUUCAUUAGAUUUGGCAGAAAACCUGUUUUUGGGAUUCAUUCCGCUAAAAGAAAAGCGAAUUUUUGACAAUAUUGGUACCGAUAAGGGAUUGGUUGGUUGUGUCAUCACUUUUAGGGUCGGACGCAAACACAUUGAUCUAAGUCUUCCUAAUUCUAAAGAUAUUAUCAAACCUCAUAACAUACGUGAGUGUAAUAAUAGCAAUAACCAAAGUUGGAUCUCCAGGUGAUAAAUCAUAGCAAAUAUAUUAAAUAUAAUGA